AUGUCGGACUUUGAGGACGAGAUGGACAUUGAUGUCCCUGCGCCAUCUAAGGACAUCACCUUCUCGUCUGACAACACCGCAAAGGGCAAAAGAAGCGCCGCCAACCUGCCCGUCGAGGCUGAAGACAGCUUGCCAUGGGUCGAGAAAUAUCGUCCAGCAACGCUUGCCGACGUGUCUGGCCACCAAGACAUCCUUGCUACAAUCAACAAGUUCGUCGACUCGAAUCGUCUUCCUCACCUCCUCCUCUACGGUCCUCCGGGUACAGGAAAGACCUCAACGAUUCUCGCCCUGGCCCGCCGCAUUUACGGCGUCGAAAACAUGCGCCAGAUGGUUCUCGAGCUGAACGCGUCAGACGAUCGCGGCAUUGAUGUCGUGCGCGAGCAAAUCAAGACAUUCGCAUCAACCAAGCAAAUAUUUACCAUGGGAGGGUCAGGACGGAGCGGCGGAAACAGCUUGGCUGCCUACAAGCUGAUCAUCUUGGAUGAAGCCGACGCCAUGACCAAUACAGCACAGAUGGCGCUGCGUCGUAUUAUGGAAAAGUACACCGCCAACACUAGAUUCUGUAUCAUCGCCAACUACUCGCACAAGCUUUCGCCUGCGUUGCUAUCGCGAUGCACGAGAUUCAGGUUCAGCCCGCUGAAAGAGGCGGACAUCCGGGUGCUUGUUGACAAGGUCAUCGAGGAGGAACACGUCAAUAUCGACUCUGACGCGACGGAUUCUCUGCCGUUCCUCUACAACUUGUACGGAGAGACUAAUGAGGCCAAAGGCACCCCGUUGCAACCACGCGACGGCCCGAAGAUAGCGGAGGCGGAUAUUGUCAGGGAGACCAUCACUCUCGAGACCAUUUACAACUGUAUCGCAGCGCCACCUCCAGACGCCAUUCAGGACAUAUUGCAGACCUUGCUGAGCACUAGCGACGUGACUUCUUGCCUGACAACGGUCAACACUCUGAAAGCCGCAAGGGGUCUCGCGCUCGCUGACAUCAUUACUGCGCUGGCAGAAGAGGUCACUAAACUACAGGUCAAACCGGAGGUCAUGAUUACUUGGUUAGAUGCUCUCUCCCAGAUCGAGCACCGGAUGGCUGGAGGCGGCUCAGAGGCUGUCCAAACUGGCGCGGUCGUCGGCGCCAUACGGAACGGUGUGGAGCUCAUGGGCUAA